AGCUCAGUUGGUGGUAAGACAAAGACUUGCAAUGUUAAUCUAGACUAUGCAUGUCAAACAGGAAAUGACUAUGACUUCUCUGCACUCCAAAAGCUUUAGUUGAAGAGCGUUUGUGGUUAUCAAGCAAUUUGAGAGUUUUACUUGUGUACGAACAGUGUGUCUCAUGGCCCAGGCAAAAGAUCCAAACCUUGGGCAAUCAGCGGGCACUAACUCUGCCCUUCAAAGGCUGGACACGUUAGCCAGCCGAUUUUUUUACAAAUAUCGGAAAGGGAACCAGGAGAAAACACUUGAGAAUGAGGGGCCACAUGUGUCAGAGUAUACCACCCAUUGGGAUGCAACAAUGAAAGAGUUUUUAGCAAAUGCCAAAGAAGAUUUCUUAAGAAAAUGGGAGUGUCAGCCACAGAGCACAUCAUGCCUGGAUGACUUUGAUAGACUGAAAACUCUUGGCACUGGCUCUUUUGGAAGAGUGAUGCUGGUCAAACACAGACAAACGGGGCAAUACUACGCUAUGAAGAUCUUGGACAAACAAAAUGUGGUGAAGCUGAAACAGAUCGAACACACAUUAAAUGAGAAGAGAAUACUACAAGCAGUGUCCUUUCCUUUCCUUGUGAAACUGGAGUAUGCUUUUAAGGAUAAUUCAAAUUUAUACAUGGUCAUGGAAUAUAUCCAAGGUGGAGAGAUGUUCUCACAUCUGAGGCGGAUCGGAAGAUUCAGUGAGCAGAAUGCACGGUUCUUUGCAGCUCAAAUUGUUCUGACGUUCGAGUACCUUCAUACUCUAGAGCUCAUCUACAGAGAUCUUAAACCUGAAAACCUGCUCAUUGAUCAACGGGGAUACAUCCAGGUGACAGACUUUGGUUUCGCCAAAAGAGUCAAAGGCAGAACUUGGACAUUGUGCGGUACACCAGAGUACCUGGCACCAGAGAUCAUCCUCAGUAAGGGCUAUAAUAAAGCUGUGGACUGGUGGGCUCUGGGUGUUCUGAUCUAUGAGAUGGCUGCUGGUUAUCCACCUUUCUUUGCUGAUCAGCCUAUUCAGAUCUAUGAGAAAAUAGUGUCUGGCAAGGUUCGAUUUCCCUCCCAUUUCAGCUCAGACCUGAAGGAUCUUCUGCGCAAUCUGCUGCAGGUGGAUCUCACAAAACGCUUUGGCAACCUGAAAAAUGGCAUCAACGACAUCAAAAAUCACAGAUGGUUUGGUACAACAGACUGGAUUGCAAUCUAUGAGAAGAAGGUUGAAGCCCCCAUUAUUCCAAAGUGCAGAGGGCCUGGAGACACAAGUAACUUUGAUGACUAUGACGAAGAAGACAUCCGGGUAUCUGUCACAGAGAAAUGUCCAAAAGAGUUCUUGGAGUUUUAGGGCACCUGUAAAGCUGUUUCUGGUAGAUUAUUCGGUUCUUUUGUUUUGUUUCGCCCCUUGAAAGCAGAAUCAAAGAACAUAAUUUAUUGUAAAUACUUCCACUUUCGUAAUUCAAAGAGACUUUGGGAGAUUUGAAGAUUCAUUCGUAUGUGCCUUUAGCACAAAGCUGAAUACAGUUUGGAAUUAGGUGUUAAAAGAGAUAACCUGACUACAUGCUUAUCUGUUUGGAAACAUUUAUGAUAAAAGGUGCUGUAUGCAAUUUUUUUUCAUGGAAAAAUAUGCCAAAAAUUUUUCCAAAAGAUAUUAAUGAAAUAAGUGUCCUGAGAUAUCUCACCGGUCUCUGUGACAACUGUAGACUUUGUAAAAAGUAAACAAAUAUGUGUCCGUCGAUCACUGACAUUGACAUUUUGCACGUUCUCAUAGUGUUGUCUUUGAAGCAGAUCAUUGAGGCUAUGAUUCAUAAUGUUUGUCAGUUGAUGGCGCUAUUGUGCCACAGUUGAAUUUGACAGCCACAGGACCAAACAAUGUUGCUCUUUUGCUUGGUUUUGGUCUCAAAAUCAUCUUUGGAGUGCGGGGUUCUGGAAUGGGGGGGGGGCUAAUUAAACGGCACGUGAACGCUUCAGAAUGCUAAAAUCGCUUACAGCACCUUUAUUAAGAUUUAUGUUUUUUUAUUGUUGAUUUACUUUGAAUUGUUUAUAUUAAUUAAUUUAUCAAAUAAAAUGCCUUUUAUGUCAGCAUUUUUUUUUUAAAUACAGGCUUCAAUUUUAAAAUUAAACUUUCAAUUAAAGCAAUGUCUACAGUAUGUUCAGUGUUACUCUAGCAAUGCAAAGCAUGAUUCCCAACCACAGGUGAGGGAAUGUGAAUGUGUAUGAUACUAAAGGUGAAGAUAGCAUGAUUCAAAGAACGUGUCCAAUAUUUUAGCUUGUUUGUAUGUUUAUUUCCCCUAAAGGAAGUCAAAUGUGUCUUUAAUUGCACUGAAAUCAUAAAGACAGUUACCUUCUUGUUGUUUUCAUGGACAAAGUGCACUGUAAAAAAAAAAAAAAAAAAAAACGUCUAAAUUAACUGGUUUUAUUCCAUUCACAAAAUGUUAUUUAAUCUGAAUAAAUUUACCUGACAAAUUAGGUAACACCAACAGAAGUAAUUCUGAUGGGUUAAAUCAAGUAGAAAUAGAUCCUUGAGCCAGUAAUUGCAGGUUACCACUUUUUUCAGUGUGAUUACAUUUAUUUUAAAAGGAAAUGUGUGUAAUAUCUGCUGUAAUAUAUUUUUGAAACAGAUUAUAUUGACACUGAAUUAAAUAAAAUUAUUUGUAUUGUAAUGUCUU